AUGGCGAUGAUGUCAAAGGCAAUAAAAUCAAUAGCAUUCAAGAAACAACAAACAACAAAAGUAUUCCAAAAGGGUGAUGAAGUUGAAGUGGCAAGUCAAGAAUACGGCUUCAUAGGUUCUUACUACACAGCAACUAUUAUUUCUUCCGUUGGCGCUUAUCAUUACAAAGUCAAGUUCAAAACUCUGUUGACUGAUGACGAGUCUGCGCCGCUAGAGGAUAUUGUCACUGCCGCUGAGGUCCGCCCUGUGCCACCUCAUCAACAUGAAAUAAUGUCGGAAAAUAACUUCCGUAUGUACGACAUGGUUCAUGUAUUUUCCAAUGAUGGAUGGUGGUUUGGAUUUAUCAGUGGAAAAAUAGGACAAGAGUACUAUGUCUACUUCCCUACAACUGCCGAUGACAUUGCAUAUCCUCCUCAUGUGUUGAGAUUUCAUCAAGAAUGGUCUAAUGGCAAGUGGAUAUCUCUUCCAAGACUAGGAAGGAUUUUUGACUUAUAA